AUGGAUUCAUUGCUGGUGGUGAAGAUCGGCUGCCUAGCAGGUCUACUAGUGAUCACCCUUCUUUGCGGCCUCGUCCCAGCCCAGAUCAAAUGGUUCCAGAUCAACAUGGCCAGAGGCAAGCACCGGCGCAUUCUCAGUUUCAUUGGCUGCUUUGCAGCCGGCGUAUUCCUUGGGGCUUGCAUUAUGCACAUGAUGGCUGAUGCUCUGGGAGAUAUUCAGGAGGAAUUAAAAAAGCGACAACUACAGGGAGGUUUUGUCCCGAAGCAGAAUAGUACUUCUAAAGAUGAUGAUUCCGAGGUAUACCCAUUUGGGGAACUCAUCAUUUCUUUUGGUUUUUUCCUGGUAUUUUUUAUCGAAAGUUUUGUGCUCCACUGUUGCCCUCGGGCUGUACAUGCACACGGUGACCACGAAAGCCACGAUGAUCACAAGGGCAUGCCAGAAUCCCACAGCUCUUUCCGGGCAUUUGUGCUCUUUCUUUCACUCUCCUUCCACUCCGUCUUCGAGGGCCUGGCCAUUGGUGUGCAGAAGGAGAAAGCGGAUGCCAUUCAGCUUUGCCUGGCGGUGCUCAUCCACAAAGCCAUUGUGGUCUUCAGCUUGUCCAUGAAGUUGGUGCAGAGUGGUACUCCCGCCCGGUGGAGGCUGCUGUAUUUGGUGUUCUUCGCUCUGAUGUCCCCUGCUGGCAUUGGUGUGGGCAUCGGCAUAUCGCUGACCAAGAGCGAUGGGACUGGCUUGGCUCAGGCUGUGCUGGAAGCCGUAGCCACAGGGACCUUUCUCUAUGUCACCUUCCUGGAGAUCCUACCCUAUGAGCUGCAGUCUCAUGAAAGUCCCCUCGCCAAGCUCUUCUUCAUCAGCCUUGGCUUCUCCAUCAUGGCCAUCAUCGCCAUUUGGGCCUAA